AUGGCGAAACUGGAGACGGCGAAGACGGCGCUGCGCGGCGCGAGCGGGCCGGACGACGGCGAUCGCGCGAUCGAACUCGCGGGCGAGGCGCUGGAAAAGUUUAUGGAGAUCGCGAACGACGCGGACGCGGACGAGGCGAGCGUGCGACGGGAGACGGCGCGCGCGCACUUUGUGUACGGAGAGGCGCUGUUUCGAGGCGCGCAGGCGCAAAACACGGUGUUCGGGGAACAGGUGCGGGCGAACGCGGAGGCGAGCGGGACGAGGCUGGAGGACGCGCCCGAGGACGAAGACGUGGGCGAGGAAGACGAGGAAGAAGGAGCGGGCGCGACGGAGGGCGAGAAGAACGGUAAGGAAGCCGCGGAUGACGAGGACGAGGGCGAGGAGGAUGAGGAAGAGUCUGAUAUGGAGUUGGCGUGGAAGAUGUUGGAGACGGCGCGCGUGAUGUUUGAAGAGGACGCGAACGCGGCGUUGGAAUUGGCGGAUGUUUUAGAGACGAUCGGGGAGUUGAACAUGGAACAGUCGCAAUUUGAUACGGCGUUGUCGGAUUACAAGUCGGCGUUGAAGCUCUUGGAAGAAAACUUGGAAGCGACGGAUAGGCGUUUGGCGAGCGCGCUGUAUUCGAUUUCCAUCGCUAAUCAAAUGAUGGAGGCGAAUGACGACGCGCUCGCGGCGAACACGCGCGCGAUCGAAAUCUGUGACGCGCGAAUCGCGGAGCUCAAAGCUGGGACGGCGCGCGUGAGCAAGGGUGCGCGCGAGAACGCGGAUGAAGUCGUCUCGCCCGAGGCUGCCAUCGCCGAGUUGGAGCAAAUAAUGGGCGUGGCGUCCGAUUUGAAGGAGCGCCAACUCGAGCUGAAAGAGCUCGUCAGUGCGGACAACUCCACGCGCGAAGCUCUCCGACAGGCGUUCAAGGCGAUCGGCGGUGCAGCGCCCCCGGGUGCGUCGGAGCCGGAGGAGAGCGCCGGUUUCGCCGCUCCGACGCUUACGUCGAGCGUUCCCGUGCAAGCGGCGCCUGUUCGCCGCGUAUUACCCGCGCCUGUUCGCCGCGUCGAGGUCGCACCGCUUCAAGAAGCGCCGGCGAAGCGCGUGGAGCCGCAGCAAACGUCCGCGCCCGCUGCCGCUCCAGAGGCGAAGAAGAUGAAACCGACGCCCGUGGACAAAGCCGCGUUGAUUGGUGCGACUGCUCCCAAGGACGCCGAACCAAACGGAUGCCCGCAGCAGUAG